ACUCCAACCCGUUUCCUCAUCUCUAGCAAUGACGAGUAUAUCCUUCUUAUCUUUUCUAUUCUUCCUCCAUUCUUAUCUUUUAUUUUUAUUUCCUGCUUUCGGCAUGGUGAGUGCAUAGCCGCCAUUGCUAUAUUCUUUUUAUUUUCCUCCUCUCUCCGGCCUGUAGGCUGUGAUAUAUCUCCAUAUAUUUCGAUAUAUGGUGCUCCGGCAUGGCGAGUGUAUCCGCCAUGACCGGGGAUUACAUACACCCCGUUUUGGGGGGUAUAUGGGUGUGGAGUAGCGGGUGGGUGUCCGCAGAUAUAGGGCGGGCCGGUGUGGCGGGGUCGUUGGCUCACAACAAUACAAAAUUCCAUGUGCCAGGAGCCAUUGCUCCAACAAUUCUCGCUAAUGGUGUUUCAAUCGGGGGAGAAAAUGCACUGAUCCAUGUAUUUUGGGUGCCAGCCCAAAACAACUGGCGAUGCUGGGACGAGUUCCCGGUGGAAUUCCAAGAUAAAAUGGGCGUACUAAUGAAGGAGUCAAUAUUCCCGAACCCAGCCCAACGCCGAGCCUGGGCUGCUAUUACCCGGCAGCCGGGUCAACGCAUCGAUGCAAAUCGAUGCGUGGCGUCGAUAAUAUUAAGCAGAGGCAGUAAGAGAGGGUCAUGCAAAUGGACAAUGUCAGAGAAUGACUCGCAGUCUGCAUGCGACAUCUGCAUUGUAAAGAAGAGGCCAUGCAUGAGAAUUGCCAGGGUUCCUGGUAUCACAGACACAGUAAUUGUAUGGUCACCUCUUCCUGAAAGACUGCGCAGAGGCGUUGAACCAGGAAACAUGGACUACUAUGUGGCACCCUAAACUGCGAGAUGGCAUUGGUGGUGACGGGAAGAACUUGAUCUAGGUUUUUUGCUAUGCGCCCGCAAAACACUAUGAAGAUAGAUAACUAUGACAAAUAUUCUUGCAA